AUGCUGAGACUCUCUCGCGUGGCUAACAGCGUCACAGGGCUGCGCUCAAAUGGACGUGCAGUUGUCUUGCGACUCAACUCCACGCAUGCCUAUGGACAUCAGAAAGAUUCUUUCCAACCAAUAGUUCAUGGUCCCAUAAUGUCAAGCACCGGCAAAAUGAGACACGAUGUUUUGCAGGACGAGCUUCGUCUAUUGGAGCAGGGAAUUAAGAAAUCCGACGAGCUGACCUCACAGUUCACAAACUACCGAUACAAGUUCAAGAAAUUGCCGCCAAAUUACGGAUCCAAUCAGCUUUUGACAAUCGAUGGCGACCUCCAAAAGGACUUGGAUGGUGUCGUUGCUCACUUUCGGGCGCCCAUCAAAUACGCCUUCGGGUACGGCUCGGGUGUUUUCCAACAAAGUGGCUACUCAAAAACACAGGAUUCCCCUCAAAUAGACCUGAUAUUGGGUGUCUCGCACCCAGAGCACUUUCAUUCAUUAAAUAUGCGGCAAAAUCCCCACCACUACUCUUCGCUGCGCUACUUUGGAUCCCAGUUUGUUUCUAAAUUUCAAGAGAUUGGCGCCGGCAUUUAUUUCAACCCCUUUGUUGACAUUAACGGACAAACGGUGAAAUACGGUGUGGUGUCCAUGGAAAAUCUUCUCAGAGAUAUUGCCACUUGGGAUUCAUUUUAUCUUGCCGGGCGCUUGCAGAAGCCCGUUAAGGUACUCAAGAACGACCUCUCUGUCCAAUACUGGAACCAGUUGAACUUAAAAGCCGCCGCGACUUUAGCCAAACAUCUCAUAUCGCAAGACUCUAAGAAGCCUCUUGACGAGUUGGAGUUCUAUACUCAAAUCACAGCUCUAAGUUACGUCGGAGACAUAAGGUACAAAGUCGGUGGUGAAAACCCGGACAAAGUCAAAAACAUCGUCGAGAAGAACUUCACUCAGUUUCAAGAAUACUACAAGCCCAUAUACAAAGAUGUGAUUGUCAACAACUCUCACUACCUUCCUCGCGGGUUCACUUUCGAGAACUCAAUCCAGCUUUUGGAGUCGAGGAUCUUCAGAACCAGCACCUUACAAACUUUGAAAGGAAUAUUUACAGCAGGCAUCACAAAGUCGAUAAGGUACGCAUGGGCUAAAAAGCUGAAAGCUAUGAAGAGGAAAAGUUCUUAA